AUAUUGAGCACCCCUUUUUGCGUGCGUGUAGUAGUAUUAUAAGGUUGAAUAUACUAAAAUGGCGCAGUUGACACAAUUAGAUUCAAAGCACCAGGCACAGACAUGUUUAGCUAUUUUCUACUUUGUAUCUGUUUUCCUUGUCUGCUGGCAGCUCCUCCACAGAACCAACGACAGGAAAGAGCAGGAACUAUAGUAUCUGAGAACCUUGUGACCAACGUGAAGGAAAUAAACAUCUACUUGAAUAUACCAGCUGACUGCAGUAUUAAAAGUUCUGUGUAUGAUGGGAUCAUUCAACAACUUGAAAACUGCAGAGUUUAUUGGUUCCUACUGAAUAGGUCGGGAUCUAACCGAGGCCAUCCUAAACUGACUAGUGGAUGUCUCUUGAAGCUUGACCUUUCUAAAUACAGGACUGAGUGUUCGAGUAGCAAAGUGAUACUUUUCCCUGAGACUGGUUCAGAUGUUGAAUUCCCGCUAGACUUCUAGAUCUUAUUUUACUUAUGUAUUAUUUCUGGUGUUUUUUCAAAGGAGACUUUCCAAGUGACAAUUUCCCAAUUGGCAACUUCCCAAAUGUGCAAUGGAGCUGAAUGCUGCGGCUUGGACAGACUUGUGAAGUUGCCGCUUAGAAAAUUGCUCCUUACGAAAACACCCUUGGUAAGUUGCCACUUGUGAAAACACCCUUGGGAAGUUGCCGCUUGCGAAAAUACCCUUGGGAAGUUGCCUCUUGAGAAAAAACCUUUGUGAAAGUAUUUAAUA